CUCUUCAGUCUCUCUUCCCUUUAAAUACUCCCAAUUUCUGGUCGAAGUUUUCCCUCUCUUCCUCCCUUCCAUCACACAGCGACAAUGUCAGCUCUCAAAGCCGACGAUCCACGCAUUCAAGCCAUUCAGUCAAGCAUCCGCGUCGUUCCCGACUUCCCAAAACCAGGGAUAAUGUUUCAAGAUAUCACGACACUUCUACUUGACCCUAAGGUUUUCAGAGACACCAUUGAUUUGUUCGUUGAGCGCUACAAAAGCAAGAACAUUUCUGUCGUUGCUGGGAUCGAGGCUCGUGGCUUUAUAUUCGGUCCCCCUAUUGCAUUAGCAAUCGGAGCAAAGUUUGUUCCACUGCGAAAGCCAAAGAAACUGCCAGGUGAAGUUUUCAGACAAGAGUAUGACUUGGAAUAUGGAAGCGAUUGUCUUGAAAUGCAUGUUGGCGCAGUGGCCUCUGGCGAACGUGCCCUGGUAGUUGAUGAUCUAAUCGCUACUGGAGGCACUCUCUGUGCUGCCAUGAAACUCUUAGAAUGCGCUGGGGCUGAAGUAGUCGAGUGUGCUUGCGUCAUUGAAAUACCUGCUCUCAAGGGGCGUGAUCGGUUAAAUGGUAAGCCUGUAUAUGUACUUGUCGACUCUCAGUGAUGCUCUCCGACAAGAAUGCAGCAUCUGCAAUGCAAUGUACAUCAUAACUCUCAUUGUUCGAGUUCUUGUCUGGAAAAUUUUCGAAUGUCCGUCUUCUUCCCCAUAUUGCCAUCAAUUCUCAAUUUUCAGACACGUGAGGAUAAGAAACGUUAUGAUGAAAGACUUGUUUGGGAAUAUACUCGUAUCAAUGAGGCUUCUACAAAACCAUCUUAUAUUGUUUCAAAAAAUCAUAUUCCAUUUUACAGUGUAUUGGCAUUAUGCAAUGCUGAAGUGCUGCAGCAUACUUAUAAAAUCAACCUACUUAUUUAAAAAUUUAA